GACCGAGGAAAGUGAUUUAUGGACAUUGAGUUGACAAGCAGCCGCCGGCAGGGUCAGUGUGGGUUGCUCGUCAGGCACUUUUUGUUCCUUUGCAGUUAUAACAACCAACAGAAGAAGAAUUACAAGCCAUGGCGCCUACAAUAUAUGAGAGUUCAACAAGAAAAGGUAGUGGCCCUAGCAGACCUUCCCUAGAGGCUGAGCUCAGGGAGCUGUUAGGCAAGAGGAUCAUGAUACUAGAUGGAGGGAUGGGCACCAUGAUCCAGGAGAGGCGAUUGGAGGAGGAACACUUCAGGGGGGAGGAGUUUAAAGACCACACCCACAGCCUGAAGGGCAACAACGACCUGCUGAGCAUCACCCAGAGUGAUGUCAUCUACAAUAUACACAAGGAAUACCUGCUUGCCGGGGCCGACAUCAUUGAGACAAACACGUUCAGUAGCACCUGUAUCGCCCAAGCCGACUACGGACUGGAACAUUUGGCUUAUCGUAUGAACAAGUUGUCAGCAGAGAUCGCCAGGAAAGCAGCAGAUGACGUCACCAACCAGACAGGUUGUAAGAGAUACGUGGCGGGCGCCAUGGGCCCCACCAAUAAAACCCUGUCUGUGUCUCCCUCGGUGGAAAGACCAGACUUCAGGAACGUCACCUUUGAUGAGCUGGCUGAGGCCUACGCUGAGCAGGUCCGGGGUCUGUUGGAUGGAGGAGCGGAUAUUAUCAUGGUGGAGACCAUCUUUGACACGGCCAACGCCAAGGCAGCACUGUUUGCUAUCGACAAACUGUUUGAAGAGAGCUACGAACCAAGACCUAUAUUUAUAUCAGGCACCAUCGUGGACAGGAGUGGUCGUACUCUCUCAGGACAGAUUGAUUGUGUUUCUAGAUAUCAGGCACCAUCGUGGACAGGAGUGGUCGUACUCUCUCGGGACAGAUUGAUUGUGUUUCUAGAUAUCAGGCACCAUCGUGGACAGGAGUGGUCGUACUCUCUCAGGACAGAUUGAUUGUGUUUCUAGAUAUCAGGCACCAUCGUGGACAGGAGUGGUCGUACUCUCUCAGGACAGAUUGAUUGUGUUUCUAGAUAUCAGGCACCAUCGUGGACAGGAGUGGUCGUAAUCUCUCAGGACAGAUUGAUUGUGUUUCUAGAUAUCAGGCACCAUAGUGGACAGGAGUGGUCGUACUCUCUCAGGACAGAUUGAUUGUGUUUCUAGAUAUCAGGCACCAUCGUGGACAGGAGUGGUCGUACUCUCUCAGGACAGAUUGAUUGUGUUUCUAGAUAUCAGGCACCAUCGUGGACAGGAGUGGUCGUACUCUCUCAGGACAGAUUGAUUGUGUUUCUAGAUAUCAGGCACCAUCGUGGACAGGAGUGGUCGUAAUCUCUCAGGACAGAUUGAUUGUGUUUCUAGAUAUCAGGCACCAUCGUGGACAGGAGUGGUCGUACUCUCUCAGGACAGAUUGAUUGUGUUUCUAGAUAUCAGGCACCAUAGUGGACAGGAGUGGUCGUACUCUCUCAGGACAGAUUGAUUGUGUUUCUAGAUAUCAGGCACCAUCGUGGACAGGAGUGGUCGUACUCUCUCAGGACAGAUUGAUUGUGUUUCUAGAUAUCAGGCACCAUCGUGGACAGGAGUGGUCGUACUCUCUCAGGACAGAUUGAUUGUGUUUCUAGAUAUCAGGCACCAUCGUGGACAGGAGUGGUCGUACUCUCUCAGGACAGAUUGAUUGUGUUUCUAGAUAUCAGGCACCAUCGUGGACAGGAGUGGUCGUACUCUCUUAGGACAGAUUGAUUGUGUUUCUAGAUAUCAGGCACCAUCGUGGACAGGAGUGGUCGUACUCUCUCAGGACAGAUUGAUUGUGUUUCUAGAUAUCAGGCACCAUCGUGGACAGGAGUGGUCGUACUCUCUCAGGACAGAUUGAUUGUGUUUCUAGAUAUCAGGCACCAUCGUGGACAGGAGUGGUCGUACUCUCUUAGGACAGAUUGAUUGUGUUUCUAGAUAUCAGGCACCAUCGUGGACAGGAGUGGUCGUACUCUCUCAGGACAGAUUGAUUGUGUUUCUAGAUAUCAGGCACCAUCGUGGACAGGAGUUGGUCGUACUCUCUCAGGACAGAUUGAUUGUGUUUCUAGAUAUCAGGCACCAUCGUGGACAGGAGUGGUCGUACUCUCUCAGGACAGAUUGAUUGUGUUUCUAGAUAUCAGGCACCAUAGUGGACAGGAGUGGUCGUACUCUCUCAGGACAGAUUGAUUGUGUUUCUAGAUAUCAGGCACCAUCGUGGACAGGAGUGGUCGUACUCUCUUAGGACAGAUUGAUUGUGUUUCUAGAUAUCAGGCACCAUCGUGGACAGGAGUGGUCGUACUCUCUCAGGACAGAUUGAUUGUGUUUCUAGAUAUCAGGCACCAUCGUGGACAGGAGAGGUCGUAC